UAUCCCAUUAUUCUUGUUGAGCAAGAACCAUUCAUUUCUAUUUCCCUAAACUAUAGUAAUACAUACACACUUCCCAACUCCCAAGAAAAGGAAAAAAGAAGAAGAAGAAGAAAAUUCAAGAAUCAAUAGCUCUUGUUAAUAUUGCAUAAAUUCAAGAAUCUUGAGUUAUUUUCUCUUCAUCAUUUUCUUCAAGACUCUUUUUGUGUUUAGAUCCCAACCAAAAAAAAAAAUAAAACCAUUUUUUUACUUCUCUAUGUCUGAUAAUAACCCUUUUAAUCAUGAUUAUGCAUUUCCUUUCUUUGGUGAAAAUCCCUCAAUUUAUGCUAAUCAAGCCAAUAACACACAAAACCCUCAUCAUAAUCAUCAAGAUUUUGAUUAUCCUUCAUCUUAUAUGAGUAAUCUCACAGAGUGUUUACAUGGAGGGUCAAUGGAUCAUUACAACACUUUAUCAAGUGCUUUUGGGAUGAAUAAUUGUUCAUCAUCCUCUGAAGUUGUUUGUCCACAGCCAUCAAUAGAUCAUCAAGAAUGUUCUAGAAAGAAUAUUAAGAGUGUUGAUAAUCAAAUUCCAUUAACACCUAAUUCAUUAAUCUCUUCAUCUUCUAAUAGUGAGGCUGGUGGAUGUCAUGAAGAAGAUUCUUCAAAAAUCAAGAAAGAUGAUGAUCAGUGUGAAUUAGAUGGAGAUGAUGAUGAUAAUAAGUCUAAGAAAGUGGGGAAAUUGGCAAAGAAGAAAGGAGAAAAGAAACAAAAGGAACCAAGAUUUGCAUUUAUGACCAAGAGUGAGAUUGAUAAUCUUGAAGAUGGCUAUAGAUGGAGAAAAUAUGGACAGAAGGCAGUGAAGAACAGCCCUUUUCCAAGGAGUUAUUAUAGGUGCACAAGUCAAAAGUGCAGUGUGAAGAAACGUGUUGAAAGAUCAUAUGAAGACCCAUCAAUCGUGAUCACUACAUAUGAAGGCCAACAUAACCAUCAUUGUCCAGCAACUCUUAGAGGAAAUGCUGCUGCUGCUUUAUUAUCUCCAUCCUUUUUAUCCUCCACACAACAACAAUUAUUUCAUAAUCCAAAUGAACAACAAAUCUUCUAUAAUCCAAAUAUCCCUAUUAAUAAUUCCUUCUAUAAUAAUUAUCAUCAACAACAACCUCAAUUAGGUCCUGAUCAUUAUCAAUAUGGACUAUUUCAAGAUAUGGUUGCAUCAUUGAUCAACAAAAGAGAGCCAUGAGCAUUUAGUCAAGUACUAAAACAAGUAUGGGACAUUUAAUGCAAUUUUAUGACUUAUGUAUUAAUUAAUUAUCAUGAUGUUUUAUUCUUGUGUAAUUAAAAUUGUGUAGCUAACUAGAACUAUAUAUAGUCUGGUAAUAUCUUAUGUAUCAGUUUUGAAGCAAUGGUAAAAUUGUCUUUAUGUGAUAUAUAUGUCACGAGUUCGAAUAGUGACAUAUAUAUGGAUUGUGGUGACUGUUCUUGGGACCGUACGUGAA